AAUAAUAAUGGUCAGAGUAGUUCUUCGGCGUGUUGGUGUUUAUCAAUUUCCAGUUUACCGCGUGCUGUAUGCGUUGUUUUAACAUGUUCGUAUUAUUAAUGCUUGAACGACGACGGUGAUUUUUAUUACAAAUUUUUUUCCUUUGAUUAAUGGUGUUUAAUAUAAUAUUUUUUUAAAUCAAAUUUUUCAUUCAGUUUUUAAACGUGUUUUUUAAAUAAAUUUUCGUUAAUUUUUCUGAAUUGUGUUGAGAAGAAAAAUUUGCACCAAUGAUAAGGAUAUAUUUUUUGGCACUUGUGAUAUGCUCAGGCGUUUUACUCGCUAUCGAAGCGAACGAAUUGGUGAUUCUGCAUCCGAACCAAGCAGUACACGAGCAUGUGGAAGGUGAAGACUAUAGUGCGUUUUGUGAAGUUAAAUCGCAUUACGAAAGUGUCGAAUGGGUAGAUCCGUCCAGACGUACGAUUUCCGAUAAAAGAACCGGAACGGUUUUCGUUGAAAAAACGCAGAAUAUGUUGCAAUUGAGAUUCCAGCCUCUGAAAUCAGCUCAUGCUGGAGUAUACACUUGUAUAGCUAGUAUACGCGGUGGCGCCCAGGAGAAGAAAUCUUUUAAUUUGACUGUCUUGAGACCAAUAAAAUUCGGCGAUAAAUCACGCCAAUACUACGCUCUUCCGGGUACUAAUGUAAGUUUACCUUGUGAAGCCGAAGCGAGUCCUCCCCCGACUGUCAGUUGGACUUUCAAAGAUGCCACGAUCGAAGGAGAUGGAUAUAUUAUAUACGCUGAUGGCUUACUGGUUAAUAAUGUCACCGAAGAUAAAUUUGGAAACUACACGUGUACUGCGUCGGUCACGACCAACAACAAUGGGUUUACGAAAAGCAUAGAUAUCGAGUUGAAAAAAGCGAUACCUCCAGAAAUCACGUCGGUUUACAAAAAUGAUACCGUGCACGGUGUCAUGAACAACGUAGUGAGUAUCAGAUGCCCAGUUAUAGGAGAUCCCUGGCCGGAGAUAAAAUGGAUGAGAGAUGGCAAAGAGCUUAAUGCGGCCCAGUUUAAUGCCAAUAUCACCAGCACCCCUACCGGAAGUAUCCUUCAGUUUGUGUUAUCGAAUGAGGAGCAUUUGGGAAAUUACACUUGCAAAGCUAGCAAUCUAUUCGAUAAAACAUCUGUAACGUUUACAUUAGAAGUAGGAGUGUUACCAGCAGCACCUACGGUUUUAGUUCGAGAUACACUAGACGGGAAGUUACGACUUGAUAUUACUCCAAAUAGCACUGAGACCUUGAGUAAUUUCCGAGUAACGUUUAAGAAAUCGGAAGAAGACGAAUCUUCUUGGAAAACGUUGGAUUUUGGACUGAAAGAGUCACCCACCAAUCCAUACUUGAUCAAUGAUCUCGAACCAAAAUCCGAAUACGUGUACAAAGUAGGAGCUUGCACCGAAGACGACCUUUGCGCUUUCACCAACGUAUCUAAAAUAACAAUUCAACCAAUCGCUACCAGUUCGACGAGUACAAUUCAUACAGUGGUCACUCAAGUAUUCAUCUUGUUACCAGCAUUUAUUUUGGGCUUAAUGCAACGACAUCGAACGACGUAAACGAUCUAGAGAUAUACUACAGAGACGAUCGCGUAUUCUUAUACCUACCCCACAUCAGUCGGUGCCCAAUAUCCGAUAUCCGCCUGAGAAAUACUUACAAUUACAUAUUAUUACGGCGGAUUUUAAGGAUUUGUUUACUCAUUAUUUUAUAUGUACAACGUUGACGAUUUUGCCGCGAAAUUAAUGUAACUAUUAGUUUCAUUUUUUUUCUACGCUUCCACCACGAUAAAGCACUUCUUUUACAACGUCCUCCUCGUGUAUAGUUCUCGUGGAAUGAAUUGUUGAUGAUAUUCCAAUUAUUACGUUAUAAGAAUUCGUUUUCUUUUAUUUUAUUAUUAUUUCUUUUUCUAUUUGUCCAAUUAUUUUCUAAGAGUAUUUAUCUGUAUAAGCUGUUUUUCGCUAUGAUGUUUUGAUUUAAAAAAAAAAAAAAAGUGCUACAAGGUUACCUUUGAAAUCAGUUCGAGGGUGAGGGUACCUCGAUCGUAUCGCAACUCGCGGGGAUGAUUUUGGGUACCUCGUCGCCGUAAUUGGAGCGAUUGCGGUAAUUGUUUCACGUAUAUUAUGUUGGUUUUAUUUGUGAUCAUGAUUCUUUUAUUUUUUAAUCGAUGAUCGUUUUUGUCGUCUUUAAAAUAUCAUUAUCAAUGUUAUUCGAUGUUCUAGCUAUACUGUUUAAUAUUAUAGAAAUUCUAGUCUAUCUAUUUGUAUUGCACAAAGAAAAUUAACGAUAUUGUAAGAUUUUUUUCUGUUUAGGUUGUUAUUAUCUCAUUUUAAGAUUUGUAUCAAUUGCUAUUCCUUAUGAGAAAUACAUUUUUACUACCGAUA